CAACCUCUUAUUUCGGCCAUUGUUGGCUGGCUACCUGUCUGCACGAUGCCGUUCGAGUUUGUCUACCAGCAUCUGCAAGUCUACAUAUAUUGCUCUGCUCUGCGCCCUUGAAACACCCAGGCGAUCUCACGAGAGCUGUGUCGUCGACUCGUCGUUGGAUCGGGAGGACGUAGAAAGAAAGCGUGCGCUGAGGGAGAGAUGGCCGGUGGCGCCUUCGUGGCGAACGAUGGCCCCGCCCCGGACUACGGCGGACGGCUGACGCUAUCGGUGCUCAUGACCUGCUUCGUGGCCGCCUCCGGUGGCCUCAUCUUCGGCUAUGACAUUGGCAUCUCAGGCGGCGUGUCGCAAAUGGAGCCGUUCCUGCGGCGCUUCUUCCCGCACGUCCUGGAGAAGAUGGCGGUGGCGAAGCACAACGACUACUGCCUCUACGACAGCCAGGCGCUCACGGCCUUCACGUCGUCGCUGUACAUCGCCGGCCUGCUGGCGUCGCUCGUGGCUAGCCGCGUCACCAAGGCCAUAGGGCGGCAGCGCGUCAUGCUCGUGGGCGGCGCGCUCUUCUUCGCCGGCGGCGCCAUCACUGGCGCGGCCAUGAACAUCGCUAUGCUCAUCAUCGGGCGCAUGCUGCUCGGCUUUGGCGUCGGCUUCACCAACCAGGCGACUCCUGUGUUCCUGUCCGAGAUGGCCCCGACGCAGUGGCGCGGCUCCCUUACCGCCGGCUUCCAGAUCUUCCUCGCCCUCGGCGUCCUCAUCGCCAACCUCACAAACUACGCAACGGCGCGCAUCUCCUGGGGCUGGCGCCUCUCCCUGGGUCUCGCCGGCGCGCCGGCUGUGAUCAUCUUCCUGGGCGCCCUCUUCCUCACGGACACCCCCAGCAGCCUCGUCAUGCGCGGCAAGGCCGACGAGGCCCGCGCCGCGCUCGUCCGGGUGCGCGGGGCGGGCGCGGACGUAGACGCGGAGUUCCAGGACAUCCUGCGCGCCGUGGCGGUCGCGCGCGAGAGCGAGGAGGGCGCGUUCCAUCGGAUGGCGACGAGGCGCGAGUACCGCCCUCACCUGGUGCUCGCCGUGGCCGUGCCCAUGUUCUUCCAGCUCACCGGCGUCAUCGUGCUCUCCUUCUUCGCGCCGCUGGUGUUCCGCACCGCCGGGUUCGGCAGCAACGCCGCGCUGAUGGGCGCCGUCAUUCUCGGCGGCGUGAACCUGGGGGCCCUCAUGCUCUCCACCCUCGUCAUCGACCGGUACGGCCGCAGGGUGAUGUUCAUGGUCGGCGGCAUCCAGAUGAUCAUUGCCCAGGUUGCGAUGGCAUGGAUCAUGGGCGCGCAGGUGGGGAAGAGCGGCGACGCGCCGAUGGCGAGGCCGUACGGGGUCGCGAUCCUGGUGUUCACGUGCAUGCACGCCGCCGGGUUCGGGUGGUCGUGGGGGCCGCUGGGGUGGGUGGUGCCAGGCGAGAUAUUCCCGGUGGACAUCCGGUCGGCGGGGCAGGCCAUGAACGUGUCCAUCGGCCUCGGCCUCACGUUCGUGCAGACGCAGUCGUUCCUCCCGAUGCUCUGCAGCUUCAAGUACGCCACGUUUGCCUACUACGCCGGCUGGGUCGCCGUCAUGACCGUCUUCAUCGCGCUGUUCCUGCCGGAGACCAAGGGCGUGCCGCUCGAGUCCAUGGGCACCGUCUGGGUCAAGCACUGGUACUGGAAGCGGUUCGUGCAGCCGCAAGCAAAAAGCGCCGACGCACUCACCUAGUUGGCCCCGUCAAGUCUGUUCGCUAUGUAAACCAAACGAACUCCUCGUUGACUCCUAUACGCAUCAGUUGACCCCACAACUUUUAACAAUCUGCCUUUAGUUUUAUAUAUAUUUGAGCAAAUUUUGAUAAAAUUUGAAGAGUUUGUGUCAGUUGACCUCACAGA